UUUGUUUGGCUGAAACAAAUCCCUAAUGGCCUUUUGGUUGAGGUUUCGUUCUAAGCUUUAGUGACCGUGCAUUAACCUCAAUUUUAGGUGAAAAUCCCUACUCUCCCUCUCUCGCCAAUUAAGUCUGGUUCUUGCAAUGGCAAACUCGAAAAUAUAUUUCACGGUGAUGGGCCAUCUCCAACGAAUCCCAACCGUCUCUCUUUUCUCUCCGUACGUUCCCGGUUCAAUACCGUUAAAGUUGAAACCAAGAAAUCACAAACCUUCCUCCCUCCCACACAAUGCUAAGCAAAUCUUGGAUUCCCUCUCGGUGUCGCUGCCCACAGACACCUUUUAUUUUUCCUUAACUUUCUCGAGAUUUUACGAUGAAUGUGUUACAUCGUCGGCGUGGGGAGUAGAUAGAUGACUUGUCGCUUUUCACUGUCUGGAAUAGUAUCGUUCUUGAAGCUCAUAAGUUCUAAGGGCUAGUUUGUUGUUUGAAAAUGGCCGGAGGCGGAGGUAUCACUCAUGUAAGGGAGCUCGAUCAGACGCCCACUUGGGCCGUCGCAGUAGUUUGCGCAGUUAUCAUUUUGAUUUCAAUAAUUUUGGAGAAAGUUCUUCAUAUGGUUGGAGAGUGGUUUCAAGAAAGAAAAAAGAAAGCUUUGUUUGAAGCUCUCGAGAAAAUAAAAGGCGAGCUUAUGGUUUUAGGAUUUAUAUCUUUACUCUUGACAUUUGGGCAAAGCUUCAUUUCUAGCAUGUGUAUUCCCAUGAAGUUUGCAGAUACAAUGUUACCGUGCCCCCUAAGAGGAGGGGGUGACCAUCAGAAACCAAAACCAGAGCCUGAAACGGGAGAAGGGGAACAUCAUCGCAGGCUUCUAUGGCAUGAGCGUAGACAUCUAGCUGGUGGGGGCGCAGGUCCAGUUUGCAAGCUGGGGCACGUGCCACUUAUAUCUGUGAAUGGUUUACAUCAGUUACACAUCUUCAUAUUCUUUUUAGCAGCCUUCCAUGUGAUAUACAGUGCCAUAACAAUGCUGCUGGGAAGAUUAAAGAUUCGUGGGUGGAAGGACUGGGAACGGGAGAGUACUCAUGAUCCUGAAUUCAUAAAUGAUCCUACAAGAUUCAGGCUUACUCAUGAGACAUCAUUCGUAAAGGAUCAUACUAGUUUCUGGACUAAAUCACCGUUCUCCUUCUACUUUGUCUGCUUCUUUCGACAAUUCUUCAGGUCUGUUCGUAUGGCUGACUACUUGACUUUGCGACAUGGAUUUAUUACUGUUCAUUUGGCACCUGGAAGUAAGUUUGACUUUCAAAAAUAUAUAAAAAGGUCAUUAGAAGAUGACUUUAAGGAAGUCGUGGGAAUCAGUCCACUAUUAUGGGCUUCCAUGGUGUUCUUUAUGCUAGUUAAUGUUAAUGGAUCGUAUGCUAUGGUUUGGGUGUCAAUACUUCCUCUAGUUAUGGUAUUAUCAGUUGGGACAAAGCUUCAAGCUAUAAUAACAGAAAUGGCUCUUGAAAUCAUAGAAAGGCAUGCUGUAGUCCAAGGAAUACCGCUUGUACAAGUUUCUGACAAGCAUUUUUGGUUCAGUUGGCCUCGAUUAAUUCUUUAUCUCAUCCAUUUUGUCUUGUUCCAGAAUGCAUUCGAGAUAACAUAUUUCCUUUGGAUAUGGUACGAGUUUGGCUUGAGAUCUUGUUUUCAUGAGAAUUUCAAUCUUAUUAUUCUAAGAGUUGUCCUUGGGGUGGGAGUCCAAUUUAUGUGCAGCUACAUCACUCUUCCUCUGUAUGCCCUUGUUACUCAGAUGGGAUCAACCAUGAAGAGGUCAAUUUUUGAUGAACAAACUUCCAAGGCCCUAAAGCAGUGGCAUAAAAAAGCUGUAAAGAAGAAGAAUGACGGGAAAGGAUCAUCUCCACCUCGGACUUUGGGUGGAACCCCUCGUGACUCGCCUUUGCCCUCCCCACAUGAUCAUGCGCAUCCUGGCAACCAAUUUUCUGAUGUGGAAGCAGACGGGCCUUCUUCUAAGAAAACAGCAGACAUCAUGGCAAGCGUGGACCUUUCUAGGGAACAGAAAUCCACCAAUAAUGAUGGCUUCGGUGACCUAUUAAGUGGGCCAUGAUCGAUGUUAGUGAUUGUGAUGGUCAAUGUGAUGAGAAAAAUGUGAGAAUAUUGACGGUAUGUUUAUGGCAUGCUAUGGGGCCUUUGCUGGAACGAAACAAUAGGCGGCGGCAAAUGUUCUGCAAGACUGCAACACCAGGGCCAGAGGGCCAUAUUGGCAUGACUGAUUUAAGUUUAAACAUAGCUCAAAUGUAGACAAAACUCCAUGCUUCCUACUGUGUAGAAUUCUUCUUCUUUCUCAACCUUCUGUAUACAUGUAGACUAAUAGCCUUGCUGGAUUAAUGUCACACCCUAGAAGUGUCAAUUCUGCCAUGUUUGAUGGGUAAUAACACUCGCAAUGAAAUGCUCAUAAUUUCAUACUUGUUUGCCAUCUA